AUGUAUUAUAUUACUAGUAUUAUUAACUUUACCCUUUUUUUGAAUAUAAUAAGAAAAUAUCUUGCAGCAGCUGCUGCAAAACAGCAGCAUAAUAGGGAAAGCAACAACGUUAGUGAACAAGAUUAUUUUUUAUUUAACGAUUAUGUUAUAAAAAAUAUCAAUUUAUAUAAUAUAAUUUAUAUAAUAUUUACUAUUUUAAUGAUUAACUAUUAUUUUUAUUAUUCUUUAGCUAUCAUAUUUUUAUCUUUAAUAAUAUUAAUAUUAUUAGUUUUAUAUUCUAUGUAUUGGGGAUCAGAAGCACCUACUGUGGGGGAUACACAGGAGAAGCAGCAGGAUCUAUCACCUAAUAAUAAUAUUCAUUUGCAAGCUACAGGUCCACCACUGCUAACUUUUACUUGAGCAUGUCUUAUGGAUAAUUUAGGUAUGUAUCUAACAUGAGGAGCUUGUAAAGGAUAUAAUGAACCUGAUUAUGUACUUAGCAGUAAGGGUUUUAAUAUAAAUAAUCAAAUAAACUAUUAUAAUCAAUUUGUAUUAAUAAAUGUAAAUCCUAAUCACUUUAAUUCAGAUAUAAAUGUCAAUAGACAUGAAAUUGCUACAUGCUAUAAUUGAUUACAUAGAUGUGUGGCUCCAGAUAAGAACGGUGUAUGAUUAACAGAAGAAAAAGAUAUAAAGCAUGGGAUAAUUAUAGCGAAAUCUAAAAUAUUGAGUAUGCUUUAUAUGCAGCGAUAUAUUGUAUCUACACAAGCCGAAUUUAAACAAGAAGUAGGUACAUUGAAUUACAUACCACAAACUUUAUUUAAAAAUGAUAAAUUCAUAGGUUCAGUUGGAAGAAUAAAUGGUACAUUGGUGAUCAAUUUUUUGAAAAAUGAUGGACGACUUACAUCUAAAAGAGAAUUUUGACCUUCUUAUUAUGUACAUGACGAAAGCCUUAGACAUGUUAAUCAAGAAUUAGAACCAAUUAGACAUACUAUAGAGUUUUUGGAACAAAAAUAUGGUAUUUAUAUUCCUAAUAGAGAUAGCAUUGAAAAUAUUAUAACAUUUACAGAAUCAGAAAAAUUAAGGGGUGGAGAUCCGUCUUUAAUAAAAAUAAUGAGACCUUGUCCUUUAUUUUCGGAUUUACACACUAUGUAUGAAACACCUAGUAAAUAUUUUCUUUGUUGAAAAAGACAAGAUUGAGCGAAUUUAAGGGAUGGGUCUUUAUAUAAUAGAGUUCUAGCUUUAAAGGGUAAUGUUCAGUAUCAUCAUAAAACAGAAGAAAAUAGAUAUCAUAGUGAAAUUAUAUUAAACGGAUUGUAUUGUGAAUAUUUAAAUACUAGAUUAGCUACUUUUUACCCUUUAGUAAAUGUUGAGGCCGAUCUACUUUUUAAUUCAACACGGGGCCAUUUGUUUUAUAAUUAUAAAAGUGAUAGUUUAAAAAAUAUAGUGUUAUUCAGACAGGAUGAUUUAGAUAUCUUUCAUUUUCAAAAAUAUUGUUUAAUAGAUAUGACUUGAACUAGACGGAGAUUGCUAGAAAAAUUGGAAAAUGAUAAUCUAUAUUCUUCUUUCUAUGUUGUUUCUGCCAACAGAAUUACGAUUGAAUUAUUAUAUAUUGAAAGACCUUAUGGUGAACUACCUAAGAUUUAUAGUAUUAUGGAUUUAACUAAUAUAAAUACUAGUUCGAUAAUAAAGGCUUUUACACCUCCAAAACAAUCUUAUAACAUUUUAGAUAAACAAGAUGGUGAUACAUUAGAUAAAUUAUUAAAAUAUAAGUAUUAA